AUGUCUGAUAUUACCUUUUACACCCGAGAAACUAUGGAAAACGUUCCAUACAACAAAUUUUUCGAAAUUUUUUCCUGUGAUAAAUGGUCUCUUUAUCACUAUGUGUCCUUAGUGAUUGAUAAUUACAAGUUCGACGAGAAAAAGAAAGCCCAUCGUACCUUUUUCAAUACCUUAGAUGACAUUAAUGACAAUCAUGGCAUAUCGAAAUAUUGCUCAAAAUCUCGUAAAGAGAAGAAAGGAAAAAGGCAAAGAGAAUCAGCUUCCACAAACUUCUCUUCGAAGAAGCAAUGUAUAGUCCCGGAAAUAAUUUGCUUCUGUCCGAGUGUGGAUGUACCUUUACAAGCAGAUGGAUCGAUAAAUAUUCUAGGGACCGUGAAGUCUACUGUAUGGGAGAGCACGUAUGAUGCUGAGAUGUAUAGGAUCUUAGUGAAUUGGCUUGCAAUAGUGUAUGGCUUCGAAAUAACUGGCCAGUGGAAUCUCGAAAAGUGUGCAAUGAUGGUGACUACCAUCAUUUUUACUGCGACCUGA